AUGCCUGCUUUGAUGAAUAAUGGUGAUAAUAAAAUUGCUCAAUGUCUUGCGCCUCCUCCUCCUUCCAAUUUUCAAAUAGGUAUUCCUGAUGUCCCUAACGGGAAUAUCACAGCUCCACCACCCCACCAAAACCAACAAACAUCCAUUACGGUCGUGGACGAGAGCAACAACAACAACAACAGCCCCCCAAUCUUCAAUAGCAAUAGAAUCUUCAACCAUUCAAACGGCAGUCCAUUAUUCAAUAACAGCAGUAAAUUUUUCGGUCAGACACCUCCUCCGUCAAACUCAAUAUCAUCAUCAUCGAUUCAAUUGCCGAUUAAUGAGCUGAGUAAACAUUCAAUCAAAGAGCCUGUUAAAAUAACGGUUAAGAUAACAUUGCUGGAUUCGAUUGAAGUGCAGUGGGAAUCAUUGUUAAUCAACGAGAUUCUCUAUGUCUACAUUUCGCAACCACCAACAGGCAAUUCGAAAGAAGCGUUCAUUGCUUUGCUCGAGUUUGCGGAAGAAGAAUUGCAUUGCAAAACUGUUGUCGUGUAUUUGGAUAAACAAAAUCCUGAUCGAAACGUCAUGAUACGUUUGUUCAACUUUAUCGGCUUCGUUCUGUUGCCACCCGAUCAUCCAGCAAUACCGGCAAAUGGAUCCGAUGAUAUGGUAUAUUUGGCAUAUGAAAUAUCUGGAUAAUAAAGAUUAACUCUAGUAGUAAAGUUCAAUCAUCAUCACCAUCAUUACAAUAUUAAUACUAAUCAACGGCUGUCGUUGUUUUUCAUGUCCACCACAAACAUUAACACACCAAUACAAACAUUCAUUCAAAUAUUCUUCAUUUCACUCCAUAUAAACAACCAAAAAACAAAAUUACAACCCCAGACACAUAGUUUUUUCAUUCAUUUCUUGCUUGCUUUGAAUUCACCAAAAAAUUAAAGUUAAAUUGCUAUUGAUUAAUAUUG